AUAUAAAGAUAUUAUUAACUUUACCUAAGUAAUACUGAUAAAAAUUUAAUUAUCAGCGUCUUAGUUACACCAGUAAUCAGAUGUAAUGUUAAAUUCAAGUCGGUGGCAUACAUGAAUAAGGUAUUAAGUAUUUUCUAUAACACCGUAAAACUGUUACUGUUGUUAUAGUUAUUUCUUAGUUAAAUUUGCAUUUUUGUUUACUGUACUUAUCGGUUUCAUUGCAACAGCCAUUAACGGUCAAAGUACAUAAGAUGCGAAUAAUUUUGUCAACAGGUAUUUUAAGCUUAUUAGUAGCCGUCUCAGGAUUCUCCGAUAACAGUGUUCGAAGGUUUAAAGAUGGCUUCCUGUUCGGGGCAGCAUCUGCAGCAUACCAGGUGGAAGGGGCUUGGAAUGAAGAUGGCAAAGGAAGGUCCAUAUGGGACGACCACUUCCACAGUGACCCGGACCAAGGGCCAGCGCCCGGAGAUGUGGCCAGCGACUCAUACCACAACUAUAAGAGGGAUGUGGAGAUGUUGAGGGAAUUGGGGGUGGACGUUUAUAGGUUUUCUAUAUCCUGGCCUAGAGUAUUGCCUCGAGGUUUCAGCAAUGUAAAAAACGAGCCAGGCCUCAAAUACUACGAUAAUCUGAUAGAUGAGCUACUAAAAUACAACAUCCAGCCCAUGGUCACUAUAUACCACUUUGAUCUACCAGUGGUCCUGCAACAUUUGGGGGGGUGGGCUAACCCCUACUCUGUGGAGUGGUUUGAGGAUUAUGCUAGGGUGUUAUUUGACCGAUAUGCUAGAAAGGUUAAAUACUGGAUCACUGUGAAUCAACCAAACUCCGUGUGUGAGGUGGAAAACUAUGAAAACCAUCUGGCUAGAAGCACGAAGGGAGUAAUGGAUUAUAUGUGCGCUAAGAAUUUGCUUCUAGCACACGCUAGAACAUAUAGAAUGUAUGAGAAGGAGUAUAAGAAGAAAUAUGGAGGGUCCAUCGGCAUAUCCAUAUCUGUAAACUGGGCGGAACCUGUCACCAACAGCACUGAAAACGUGGAGGCUGCUGAAAUAUACAGGGAGUUUAAGUAUGGCAUGUACCUGAACCCGAUCUGGUCCAAAAGUGGAGACUUUCCCAAACUGGUGAAGGAUAGGGUUGCCAAGAAGAGCAAGGAACAGGGAUUCGCCCGCUCUAGACUGCAAUCGCUUUCGAAAGACGACAUUAAGCUUAUAAAAGGUUCAGCAGAUUUCCUCGGCCUAAACCACUAUACGACUUUCCUGACAUCUCCGUCGAAGGGCAGCCACCCUGUGCCCUCAUUUGCCGAUGAUGUCAGUGUCGACGUUACAACCAAAGAUGAGUGGACGCAGUCACAUAGUGCUUGGUUGAAGAGCGCCCCCUACGGCCUGUACAAAGCUUGCCUGCACCUCAACAAGCAUUACGACUACCCUGCCAUCUUCAUCACAGAAAAUGGCUGGUCGACGGACAAGGGUCUUAAGGAUUCGAGCCGUUCGGAAUACAUCCAGCAGUACCUUAAGGCGCUUUUGUUCGCCAUAGAAGACGGGACACAGGCGCUCGGCUAUACGCACUGGAGUCUCAUGGACAACGUGGAAUGGAUGGCUGGCACCAGUGAACGUUUUGGUCUCUACGAAGUAGAUUUCGACUCGCCAGAACGGACGCGGACGGCGCGGCAGUCCGCGCUGGUUUACAAGAGAAUCAUACAGAAGAGGAUGGUCGAGGAGAGGUGGACGCCGAAAAACUUGAAGAUUAGUGUUAGCGAAGUGAAAACCGAAUUGUAAACUAUAGGGACCGUGCGAGUUGGAGGUUCUGCCAUCUUGUGGCCUGAAUCGGAAACAUAAACUAUACAUUGACACUUCACGCCAAAGCAAGUGUUGCCCUCUUCCGUUCAUAUACGUUUUCUUGUGUAUUGUAGAUUCUGCCAUCUCGUGGGCUACAUUGGAAGCAUAAACUUGACAUUUACACUUCGCGGCUAUAAAGUGGGGGCACUUGUGCUGCCCCCUACAGUUUAUGCACGUUCCCUAUAGCAGGCGUGUCUCACUCCGCAAUUUCGUCGCGUCGCUACAAUUACCUGCGGACGCCCCAAUUUUGGGGUUUUGCCAUAGUUAUUGCCGCGCACCGCUACGGAACGGACGCCUGCACGUGCUUGCGCCGCCUUGCGCGUACUAGACGCGUUUUGUUAAGAGAGUGAAUCUUCUGUACCUUAGUACUAUUACACUCUCACCUCACUAUUACCUCACUCUUCCUCUAUCUUUUCACUCUCUCCUCUCAUCUACUCAAAGGUUAACUGGAAGAGAUCCCUCAAAGGGAUAAGUUCGUCUUAGUACAUCUUAUUAGUUGUACCAUGUAAUUUUUAAUAUGUAUUUUUGUACAAUAAAGAGUUUACUACUACUACUAUUAUAUAUUCUGUGUCUAUGUGUACUUAUCCAGACGUGUACAGUUUUGGACUAAGGUCUCGAAGAGGAAGAAAGCAUCUAAAACAGAAUUUAUUAUAAGCAGAAGUAAUUUUUUUCAAGCUGUAUAUUUCUAACUUUGCUAAAUUAAUUGAAUAAGGCGCGUGCACGUCUACUUAAUGAAUUAGCAAAUUUUUUCAUGUAGAAAUAAGUUUAAUGAAGAGAUAAGGCGAGAUUUUUUUACAUGUUCAUGCGACGUUGCGUCCAGCUGACGGUCUUUCCACCGCGAUACGAACGGCUGACGAUUUUUAGGAUUCCGUACCCAAAAGGUUAAAAACGGGACCCUAUACUAAGACUCCACUGUCCGUCUAUCUGUCACCAGGCUGUAUCUCAUGAACCGUGAUAGCUAGACAGUUGAAAUUUUCACAGAUGAUGUAUUUCUGUUGCCGCUAUAACAACAAAUACUAAAACAGAAUAAAAUAAAUAUUUAAGUGAGGCUCCUAUACAACAAACGUGAUUUUUUGCCGUUUUAUGCGUAAUGGUACGGAACCCUUCGUGCGCGAGUCCGACUCGCACUUGGCCGGUUUUUUAUUUCAUAAUAACAUGUCAAAUAUCUUCUGACAAAGUUUCAAUCGGAAGGUGAUGACUAAAUUUGAUGCUGAUUGUACAGUCGCCAUCAGAUAUAUCGGAGCGGCCGAGGUGCUCAAAAAUAUCAGAACACGCACCUAACGCCUUGACAAUAGAGGCGUGUUCAGAUAUUUGUGAGCACCUUGGCUGCUCCGAUAUAUCUGAUGGCGACUGUACAAGAUGAAUAAUUAAAUUAAAACACAAAAAAUAUGAAUGCCAUAAUUACCUAAAGAUUGUAUUUACAAUCAUUAAAUUAAAACACAAAAAAUAUGAAUGCCAUAAUUACCUAAAGAUUGUAU